AACCUUCAAUUUUAUGUUGUUUACCCCGACGAAAAUUUUCACCAAUCAAUUUUUUGUUUGACGAUAUUUGUUGAUUUUGUUUGUUUAGUUGAUAUGCCUUUAGAUAAUCCCCUAGCCGCUGAAAAACCCUGCGGAAUUUCAGCGCUGUCGAGCGAAUGGCAACAAAAAGCGGAAGAGGAAUUAAACGAGACUCCUGAGGUUUUUCAGCGAGAAUUGACCGCCUUGAAACGAAUGGUAGAAACAGUUAAAAAAGGAAAAAGAGCGUAUAUUUGCAUUGUGUAAUCAUUAAAAAAGCGGUUCGACGUCGCUUUUUUCGCUGAAACAUGAAGAUGAAUGAAAAGAAUUUCCAGGGUAAUUUGUUUUGUCUUAAGAAUUCCCCCAGGGGUCUUAUUAAAUUUAUAUUUUCUUUACAUUGACGUGGCCGAGACUGCGUGUUAUUCAGGCGUUUAUAAAAAUUAUCUCCGGUUUUGCGUUGGCGGAGAAAUUUAAUUUUUCUAGACAUUCAAAUUAUAUUUCGCGCAAUUCCAAUUUCACUAUACGACAGUUUUCAUUUGUAUUUCAGACGAUACUAAUUUAGUUGUACCGAAUUACGAUGAGUUUCUGGUCAGAUUUCUUAGAGCUAGAAAAUAUGACAGUACAAAGGCAUUUCAUAUGCUUCAAAGAUACUUUUUAAUGAAAAUUAAAUGUCCCGAGCUUUUCCAGUGCCCGUUGCCUUCUGAAUGUAAAUCGAUGUUCGACUUACAAGCACAGAAUAUGCUGUUACAAAGAGACCAAUUAGGUAGACGAAUUUUUAUUAUUAGAGUUGAUAAUUUCGAUUCUUCUAAAGUGACUAUAGAAGAAGUGUUUCGUACAAACGUAUUAGCUCUAGAGCAAAUCGUGAGGGAGCCGGAGACCCAAGUCGCUGGUUUGGUGGUGAUUUUGGACAUGGCGGGUUUGAGCUUGCAGCACGCCAAAUUUUUUACGCCCUAUUACGCCAAGAAGAUGGUCGAACUCGUGCAGGAAACAUUUCCCCUGAGAUUCAAGGGUUUCCACGUGGUGAACGAGCCGUUCUACUUCGACGCCGUCAUCACGGUGCUGAAGCCCUUUCUGAAGGAGAAAGUCAAAAAGAGAAUAAUUUUGCACGGCAACGAUUUGUCUUCUUUGCACGGCUUCAUUUCGACUGACAUUCUUCCGGCUGAGUACGGGGGAAGCGCCGGCAAUUUCGACAACAGGGCUUGGUACAUGAAAAUAUUAGCCGACGAAAGUUAUUUUAAAAAAGCGAGAGGUUUCGGCUAUAAAAUUGAUGAAAACGUCGUGGAAAAUUGAAAUAGAUUGUUUCUUGAUAACGCCGUAUACAUGAGGUAAUCAGAUUUUUCUAAUAAGUUCCUUAGAAAAUCAUUUUUAUGGAUUAGUUUCGUUCAAUUCAAGAUAUACUGAAGGCGCUAAUUAAUGGUAAUUAAAAAUUGUAGCGAUUUUUCACCAAACAUAAUUUGGUAUACAGUUACAAUUGAUUAAAAGUAGUAAAAAAAAUUUAAUUUCUUGUAUGCAUAAAGUUUAUUAUUGUUGCUAUCGAAUUAACUAAAUUUGAUGCACUGCCCUAAAAAAUAUUGUUAAUUUUAAAUAUACCUAAAUUGAUUUCUCCACUCUUUUGGAGUGUUUUUGUAUGUACCUAUAAUUGAGUUGAGUGCAGGUAUAAAUGUAAAUUUUCUAUGUGCUGAAUUUACGCCUACAUGCUUUCGAAUUUUCAAUGUUGAUCUUUAAUUUAUUAACAUGACGUUAUACAAGACACAUUUUAAAUAUUUAUUUUGUACUGUAAAGGUUGAUACGUUGUUGAAAUUGUUGAAUUUAUUAAGAUAUUUUUAUCGAAAAUGAUAGUUUAGGUAGAUAUACUUUUAAUCAUAUUUUUUGUUGAUAUUAAAAAGUUUAAUUAGUUCUUAUAGUGCUAAAGACUGUUAAAAAUUCAUGCAAUAAGAGGAAGAAAAUAAAUUGUUUGGAAAGUUUUUUACAAAAUUAAUUUACGAAUAGUUAAAAAAAUCAUUUAACAUCUUUUUCUCUAUAGUUCUAUACACUAAUAAUUUUAAUUUUCUUUUAAUAACCUACUGAUAUAUUAAACCAGUUAUUUGUUACUUCUAUAAACUAUUUUUUAGUUAUUAAAAGUUUUGUUUUAACAAAUUAGAACUUAAUUUAGUGCUCAAAAAUUAACUAUAGUAUUAAUGUCGUUAAAUAAAAU